UACAGUCUAGUAUAUCCAGCCAUGAUGUGUCUACCUCUGAUAAUAAUUCAUCUAAUACAAAUGAUAUAAUUUACUCUAAAGUUUUACUAGAUAAAUCAGCAGAGAUAACACGAUCAAAGACGAGUCAAAGACUCGAAGCUCAGCUUCCUCAAAAUUCUAAUUCCUCACGUGCAGUAAAAAAAAGUGUUUUUUCUGAUAGGAACAAAGUCCCAUGUCUCAAAGAGAUGCCUUCUACAGGUCUGCAAAGCAAUAAUAUAUCUAGAAGAAAAAACGAUCUUGAAAAAUUAAUGAAAGACACUGAAAGAUUAGCUCCUAUGCUCCCAUCUUUGUCUCA